AUCGCUCUCGAGAACAAGUCGUGUUUCAAUGGGUAACAAUGGAUACAUGUUUGCGUGUCAGUCUGCAGGUCCGGAGCGCGAAACAACACACUUAUCAUGGCAUCUCGGGCAAAGUGUUGCCCGGAUGACUAAGCCGGAGUCCAGCGCCCGCAAAUCGUGCCACCACUUUGCCAACUGUGUCAACAUCUCACAGCAACAAUGUUUAUGAACGGACAUAUAUUAUCGAAGCUAUAAGACACUUACAAUAAUGUUGGCAGAAGUGGCUAAUUAUGCCAACGAUGCUGCGGCGGUCGAGAAAUCCCUGAGAUUAUUACAAGCUCUGGUGCAAAUAGCAGCUGGCACUACCUCCUCGGCCGCAGAUGCAAAGACCUGGAGUACAGCAAGAGGCCACUUUGCACUUGCACGUCGAUUCCUUCGCCUCUUCAAGUGGAUAGACUUCAGUCAACUCACCUUACAAUCCUGGAGUUCUGAGCAAGAUUCCUCACGUCGGAUUCUCAAAACUUCCAAGAAUGCUCUGUUGGGAUUGUACUUCUUCAUGGAGAUGUUUUGCAUAGUCAAUGCAAUGGGCAUCACCGCCUCGCCAUUUCUAAAUGCACUGCAACACCACGCACUCCAAGUUUGGUUCUUUGCGAUAAGCGUCUCUCUCCUCCUGACCUUUUAUGACUUUCUCACCAUCCGAAGUGUGACUUCAUCUCCGACUACCAAAACUCAGCUCAGUACCAGUCUUCUCCUCGACGCUUGCGAUAUCCUCAUCCCAGGCUCUGCGGUCGGUUGGAUCUCCGCAUCUUCCGUGACUGUUGGUAUUGCCAGCAGUAUCUCCAGUGUGAUAGCUGGCAAACAGAUUUGGAACAGAGUCCAGAAGGAGAGCAGAGAAAUGCAAGCGAGGAGGAAAGAAAGGAUGAGCAGGAAGGUCAGAUUUGGGGCUGGGACCAAAGCUUCGGAUGACGAAAAAGAAGAGAUGAUGGAAGCGGAGAAAAAGGGGAGUAAUAGCGUCGUUAAUGGGAGCGUGAAGGCUGUCGAGAAUGAAGUAUAUGGUGUGAAGAGGAGGUCAAAGAAAGCAUAGAGAAGUACAAUUCAUUUCGAUAGCUUACACUUGUAGUGUAGACCAUGUUUGUACAUCUGGACGUCUUCCAAUUAUUCACGGACUUCGGA